UGCAUUCUGAGUGAAAAUGAGGCAGAGAGAGGCAUCCGGGAAGCCCUUGAGGAGGACAUGCUACCUCAGCUAUCUGAAACCCCCAGUCCGAACUGGAGGACAGCUAGUCUGCCAAGGCCGCAGAGGGCGAGAUGCAAUAAACCCACUCGCCAAGCAAGAGGCUCCAGGAAACUAACUGUCCUCGUUAGUCGUCAGAAAGCUCAUACCGAAGAUAAACCCUUCAAAUGUGCAGAGUGUGGGAAGGGCUUCAAGGGGAGCUCUACCCUCUUGAACCAUUUGAAAAUCCACACGAGAGAAAACCUCUUUGAGUGUUUAGAGUGUGGGAAGAGGUUUAACAGGAAGGCUAACCUUGUGGUGCACGAGAGAGUUCACACAGGAGAGAGGCCCUACAAGUGCAAAGAGUGUGAGAAAAGUUUUGGUCGUAGCUCAAAUCUUAUUGCUCACUAUAAAACCCACGCAAAAAAGAAGGCCUUCUCCUGUGGCACGUGCAACAAAAGUUUCAGUGGAAGUUCGGCUCUCUUCCAGCAUCAGAGAAUCCAUGCGGACGAAAAGCCCUAUUGGUGUGCCGAAUGUGGAAAUAGCUUCCGGCUGUGCUCCAACUUCAUCAAACAUCAAAAGAUUCACUUGAAAGAGAGACCUAGUGAAGACAUAGCAGAUGCAAACCAUUUUGAACUUACAUCUCCGCAUCAUAAAGAACAGCAGGGUUGUGGCGCAGAGCAACUUGAGAUGAACCACUCCAAUCUUAUUUUUGAAGAGUUGAAGAAAAUGAGGGAAAACAUGGAUAUGCUUCUUCUGAAUCAGCAAAGUCAGCUGCAGGUCCUGCAAGAAAUUCAGAAACAACUGAAUAUACUCUUGCCAGGCAAUGAUCUCAUUAAUUCAAAUGUCUAUAAUUUGGGACUCCUGCUAGGACGGCAAGCAGCUGCAAUGGCAUCUCUCUCUUUUCCCCUUCUUAAUCCCAGCAGCCUCCUUACUGAAAAUGCCAAUCUUUUAUCCCAAUUGCCUGCUCCUGAAAUUCUCCCUACCUCUCAGCUCCCAGGCUCUCAAUUUCCUGCAGCUUCUACAACUUCCUGAUCUGCUUUGUGCUAUGAACGUAUCAAAUGUGAACAAAUGUGAGUACUGUUUUAUACUGUUUUCUCUCAAACGUGUGAUUUCUUUGAUGUAAUUGUGAUAUCAUACUACCUUUAUAGAUGCUGACCCUGUGCUCAAACUUUGACUUCACUCGUGUGCAUCAGCAAACAGAAGCUGAUCAAAUCCAUCAUCCGUUCUUUCAUUGCAGCAUGCAUAGAUUUUGGAUGGUAAUGUAUUUUGUCAAGGCAGCCCAAGAGAUCUUUAUCACCAAGGUGUAGUUAAGUAGAACAUCCC